AGAGUCAUCAUGGUAGGUUGGAAUAAUAGUGAUACUGAGGACCCACUGUUUAUUCUGAAGGGUUUUCCUGGGCUGGAAUAUGUUCAUUCUUGGCUGUCAAUUCCAUUUUGUCUUGCGUAUUUGGUCGCACUUAUUGGUAAUGGCACCAUCCUCUGUGUCGUUUGGUUCGAGUCCUCACUCCACCAGCCUAUGUAUUACUUCCUUUCCAUCCUGGCACUGACUGACCUAGGCAUGUCACUGUCCACACUUCCUACCAUGCUUGCUGUGUUAUGGCUGAAUGUGCAGGAGAUUCAGGCAAGUGCGUGCUAUGCUCAACUCUUCUUUAUACAUAUGUUCACAUUCUUGGAGUCCUCUGUGCUGUUGGCCAUGGCCUUUGAUCGUUUCAUUGCUAUCUGUCGUCCACUGCACUACACCACCAUUCUCACCAAUGGUGUCAUAGUCAAAAUUGGCUUGGCCUGUUUGCUGAGAAGCAUGGGAGUUGUAUUGCCCACGCCUUUGCUAUUGCAACGCUAUCACUACUGUCGUAUCAAUGCCCUCUCCCAUGCCUUUUGUUUGCACCAGGAUGUUCUGAAAUUAUCCUGUUCGGAUGCCCAGGUCAACAGUGUCUAUGGACUGUGUGUGGUUAUUGUCACAUUGGGUGUGGAUUCAGUCUUCAUACUGUUCUCUUAUGUGCUGAUUCUGAAUGCUGUGCUGGGCAUUGCAUCUCGUGAAGAGCGGCGGAAGGCACUGAACACAUGUGUAUCCCACAUCAGCGUGGUGCUCAUCUUCUUCGUGCCAGUAAUUGGAGUGUCAAUGGUUCAUCGAUUUGGGAAACAUUUGUCGUCCACAGUGCACAUCUUCAUGGCUGACAUUUACCUCCUUCUUCCCCCGGUGCUCAACCCUAUUGUCUAUAGUGUCAGAACAAAGCAGAUCCGUCUUGGGAUUCUCCGUAAGUUUGGAGUACGGAGAAAUCAUUAA